ACAACAAUGGCGGACGCCGCGGAGGAAGUUCUUAUGGGCGGCUGGGAUCAGGAACUAGCUGAGGCUUUGGACUCAGGCGGCUCUGACAUGGAGACAGACAAGGGCAUCAUCCAGGUUCAGGAGCUCCCAGUCCAACAGAGAGCCAAGAUGUGGAAGAUUGCUCUAAAUGUUGCUGGGAAGGGAGACAGCCUGUCUCCUUGGGAUGGGGUCCUGGACUUGCCAGAACAGACUCUAAUACACAACCGCAGCCAACAGCUGAUUGACCUGAUUGGAGUAUCGCAGGAAGAGAGGAGUGAGUUGAUCUCAGAUGUGGAGUCAGUCAUCACAUUCUACUGCAAGUCACGUAACAUUACCUUCACCCCGGAGCUGAGCUGGCCACACCUGCUCAAACCACUGCUGGGGCUUCAGCUGCCCCGGAGUGACCUCUACAAUUGCUUCUACGCCAUCAUGAACAAAUACAUCCCCAGGGACUGUGUGCCAAAUGGCCGGCCAUUCCACCUGUACAGGCUGCUGUUACAGUACCACGAGCCAGAGCUCUGCUCCUUCCUGGACACCAAAAAGAUUACACCUGACUCCUAUGCCAUCAACUGGCUGGGCAGUCUGUUUGCUAGUCAUUGCCUUCCUGAAGUCACCCAGGCCUUGUGGGACAACUACCUCCAACAGGCUGAUCCCUUCCUCAUCUUUUUCCUUUUGCUUAUCAUCCUUGUCAAUGCCAAAGAUACGAUCCUGGCACAAGAAGGAACCAGCAAAGGAGACAUCAUAAAAAUGCUUGAAGGGUCACCAGCUCUCCUGGAAGGUGAGGACAUUGAAGACUUGUUCUCUCUGGCCCAGUAUUACUACAGCAAGACACCUUUGUCACUUAGAAAGGAGAACCAGAAUCUGUUUGGCAGCAGUCUGGUGGCUCUAAAAGAGGAGGAUAUGGACCUGAGCCAGGCACUAUGUCUCCCUGUGUCUGUCCCUGAGAUUCUGCAGGCUAACCAGCAGCAGCAAGAUGGGGUACGCUUCUUUGUGGUGGACUGUCGACCUGCAGAGCAGUAUAAUGCAGGACAUCUGUCCACGGCUUUCCACCUGGACUCUGACCUGAUGCUGCAGAACCCCUCAGAGUUUUCCCUAUCUGUGAAAUCUCUGUUGGAGGCACAGAAGCAGUCUCUGGAGUCCGGAUCCAUUGCCAGCGGGGAACACCUGUGCUUCAUGGGCAGUGGGAGAGAGGAGGAGGACAUGUACAUGAACAUGGUGCUGGCACAUUUCUUACAGAAAAACAAAGAAUAUGUCAGCAUCGCAAAAGGUGGUUUCAUGGCUCUCCAGCAGCACCUGGUAGACAUGAAUGUUGAGGGCCUCGACUCGUCUUACGUCCACUGGAUUGUCAGCACCUCAGGAUCCCACAGCAGCCUCAGCUCUGCAGACGGAGAUUCCUUGAGCAGCCCUGGAGAUAGUAAAGGGGUCAAGUCUUUGGUCAACAAAAUGACAUUUGCGCUCAAGACCAAGUCGGUGAAUGUAAAGGAGAAGAUGAUCAGCUUCAUUGAGAAUACCUCCACUCCUGUAGACAGAUUAUCUUUCACUCUGCCCUGGCCAGAGAAGGUGAUUCCCGAUCGGCAUGUGAGCAGCAGUGACCGUGUUGGCAAACCCUACAGGGGGGUAAAGCCUGUAUUCAGCAUUGGUGAUGAAGAAGAAUAUGACACAGAUGAGAUUGACAGCUCAUCCAUGUCAGAUGAUGACAGGAAGGAAAUCGUGAACAUUCAGACCUGGAUAAACAAACCUGAUGUGAAGCAUCACAUCCCUUGUAAUGAGGUGAAAGAGACUGGUCAUAUGUUCCCAAGUCACAUGUUAAUCACAGCCACUCACAUGUACUGCCUUCGGGAGAUUGCCUCACGGAAGGGCUUUGCCUACAUUCAAUCCAGGCAGGCACUCAACUCGGUGGUGAAGAUCACCUCAAAAAAGAAGCACCCCGAACUCAUUACAUUCAAGUUUGGCAACAACAAUACCACUGGAGUGGAGAUAUCAGCAGUUGAGAGAUAUUUGAUACCCAAUGCAGGAGAUGCUACCAAAGUCAUCAAGCAACAGAUCAUGAAAGUUCUGGAUGCUCUUGAGAGUUCCUAAAGAAAGGAAGAAGCAUCACGGCCAGCUGUGGCAGAAAAACCUGUCCGCCAAGAGGGAAAUGUUCUUCCUCUUCUCUCCCUUGGUCUGCCCUGUGUGAUUCUGUGUGGAAUACGGGGGCUUAUCCACUGACUGACUAAGGAUCCUAUGGGACAGGCUGUGUGUGAUGAAAUAUAGAGGUGCUCCACCACCCAACCAUUUUCCUCAAACUCAUUAGAACACUAAAGGUUAUGUUUUGGAUGUUUUUGUUUGUUUAAUUUGGGACAAAGUUAAACUAAAACCUGGAAUCUUACCGCAGUGCAGCUCCACUCUGGCAGUUUCCCUCUAGCCUUAAAGUAGCCUGUUGAUCCACCAGUGGCAAACCUGUUUAAGGAUUGUCUACAUGAUGAGAGGUUAAUGAGAACUGUGGCAGCCAUUCAGUGGUCGAGAGCGCGCUGUUUUCGCCUUUCGACUUGUGCAUCCCACUCCAUUACAUAUAUCUACACAUCUGAUGGUAGAUAUAAGGCAGUGCUAAGACCAGACCCACUUGUACUGAGGAGAUUAGUAUUGCUGUUCAGAUCAUUUUGUGAAUUUACUUUGCUUUAAGUGUCUGCAGUCUGGGUGUUAAGUUGAAUGCCUAUUUCAAGGUAAUUAUUUUGGUCUGGAACUGAGUGAUGAGCUCCAAACUCAAACACACAAUGCACAUCCCAAAAAGCUGUUGUGGCAUUUGAGGCAAGUUUCCUACCACAACAGCUGUUUUUGAUACUUUUCUUUUUCAGCAGACGGCCUUAAGUAGAUUUUAUUUGAGGAUGUUUAUAAAUAUGUAUUGUAUAUAUUAUGGAAACUGCUCUAUAUCGGCACAAGCCUUUGCAAAGUAAUUUUGAAAGUGUAUCAAGGUAGAUUGAAUAUGUGGUUGAUAUUUAACUGGCUUUUGAACCAGCUCACAUGGUUUGAACGUCUCCUGCUCCUAGACUAAGCAGUAAACCUUUUCAUAUUGUUUCUGGGAAAUAAUUUACUCUCUGCUUUGACAUGUAUCUGGUUAACCACUCAUCAUGUCACAGUCUUAUGUAGCUCAGAGAGGAAUGUUCUUAGCCCCUUCUGGACAACAAUGUUAUGACCAGAUGAGGUCGUCUAGUUAUGUGGAGGAAUUUUUAUCCCAUUCAUGUCCAAAGGGAUUUUCCCUCAAUCAUCUUAAUAGAAUAAAAACAAGAGAAAUUAACCACUGGGUUUUUUUGUUUUUUUUUUAAGUAUGGAGUCCCCUCUUAAGUAAUUUGAGCAACUCCGUGCUAAAAAAAAUUUCAGUGUUUAGAAAGAAGAAAUUAUAUGCAUGGGUUGUAUUAUUUGCUGUUAUGCACAACCCAUGGCUUCAAAAUGGAGAAAAAAAGGGUUAUUUUGUUUAAGGGGCUAUUAUCCUAAAAGCAACUGUUUGGAAAUACCUCUAUGGCCCCUCUUGUCCAGUACUGGUCAAAACAAAACUUCUUUCCACACGUAGCCACCAGUCAGCUAGACAUCGUUGCUUCUAGCUUCAUGCCUCUAACUUGUGGUACUGGAAUAAACUGUUUUUAGAUUUACCAUAGUAUGUAGCUGUUUUCCCCAUCUGUCAUUCUUCCACUAAUGCUUAUUGAUUCAUGGCUAUUUAAUUCUCCACAGCACGAUUAAUUUUGCCAUUAUUCAAUAACCUACUUUAAAGAACAAGUGUAGUUCUUAUGCACAUUAGUCAGUUGCAUCCAAGUUCAGUUGCCUAGGCCACUUGGGUGAUGUCGUUUACAGGGAGAAGAGAAAAAGGAUAUGUCACCUUUCUAUCUUGAGGUGAACGUUGUGUCCAGAGGGCUUAUGUCUUUCAUUCCUGGAGAUGGCAUGAGAGGAGAUCACCUUCUGGUUGAGGCACAUUUGCAGUGUGGGAAACAUUAAAACUUGAGUCAACCUAAUGAUUGAGCUCGUCAUUUUUCACUACUCUUUCAAAGCAUUCCAGUUUUCAUUCAUGCUUUGUGCUGUAAUUUGUAAUUUUGUGAUUUGUUCAGUAUUCUGUUCACUGAGAUAUCUCAUUGACUGGCCGGCGAGAUGAGUCCAGACUGUCGAUAAAUUGCUCUAACGUUGUUGGCAGGGGACGCCACGGAUGUCGCUACUAGUCAAAAUGCUUAACUCUAAAGACUGCGAACGAUCCUGUAUGUUUUGCACCUUAUUGUAUUGUUAAUUUCUAACGGCGUUUGUUUUUAAUAAAUUGAGAUUA